GGAGAGCUCUGCAUCCCGGCUCCCGCAGGCUGUGCUUUGCGCUAAGGACCUGGAUCAAAGGUCCCGUUGCUGAUCUGGGCAGCUCCAGAAGGUCCCUUUCUGGGGGGCGUUUUCCUCCUUAGAGCGUACCCCCUCUCCCUCCCCAGCCCCCUAAAGCUGGCCAAGGCAGAACAAUGACCCUCACCCACAUCUAGUCCUCGACGCAGCGAUGCCCAAGAAAGGGAAGAAGGGCAAGGUGCCCCUGUCUGAUGAGGAGCAGCUGCUCCUCUACCAGCAGAAGCUGCUCGCAGAGGAGGAGAUGGCCAAGAAGAAAGAGAGGCUCCUGAGCCAGUUCUUGAAGGACAAACUAGCCAAGGAAGAGCACAACAGCGCUCUGAACCUCAAGAAGAUUAACACACAGUGGAGAACCGUCCUUCGAGAAGUUAAGACCAAAGAGCUUCAUAAGGACAUCGAGGUCCUCAGCCAAACCUUUGAACGCGUGGUGGACUGCAAGGACAGUGUCGUCAAGUCUUUAGCUAAGGACCUGUCAGAAGCUGAGGAGCAGUACGCUCACGCCCUCCGAAGCCACUUACACAACAUUGACCAGCUCUUGGCCCUGCAGAGAAGCCGACUCAGCCUCCUGGAGGAGAGCUACAACAUGGAGCUGGAGGCACUAACCAAAGAGUUUGAAACCGAAAGGAAGACAAUUAUUGACCAACAUGAUAAAGAGAUUCGCUACCUACAAGAUGUCUUCAUGGCCAUGGAGCAGAACUACAUAGAUUCUGAGUAUGAAAGCAAGCUGGAGUUCCAGAGCAUGUGGGAUGAUCUGAAGAACAAGAAUUUAGAAGAGAAGCACUUUCUACGACUGCAACUGGAGAACAUUGUCGAAGAUCUGUGGAAACGGUUCCAAGACGCACUCAAGAAUUACACGGAAGCAACAGAGGAUCGAAAGAUUGCCUUUGAGACCCUGAAAAUGAAAGACGAGAAGAGCUCCAAGGAGAUUGAAGCCCAGAUGAAAAGAAUACAGAAGCUACAGGAGUCUAUAAUGAUUGUAAGAGGCAAGAUCCUGGUGCAGAUCCGAGAGAGUGAUGAUCAGAAUCAGUACAUUCGUAACGACAAAGAGGCGAUUCUUGUGCAACUGCGAAAACUGAAGGUCCAGAGAACCCGGACCCGAGGAGUAGCACAGAAAAACUUAGUUAGACUCACUCUGGAAAGCAACACCACUCUCAAGACCCUGAGGGAGAUUGUGGAAAAGGGUGAAAAGAUCCUUAAACUUGCUGAAAUAUGUAGGAAAUUUGAAACAGAGGAAGAAAAAGUACUGCCUUUCUAUUCAUCAGUGCUCACACCUGAGGAACAGAAAGAGGUGGAGGGAAAUAUCCAGGAGGAGCUCACUGAGGAGAUGGCAAAGUUGAUAGGGGACUACUCAGGGAUGGAGAACUUCUGGAAGAGGUAUAACAAAGUGAAGCUGGAACAGCUGAGCCUGCAGCACAGACGUACUCAGCUACUGGAGAUCAACCGGAAGCUGCGGGAGAUGCUCAAGCAGUACCUGGAUGGCAUCUCGGUGAGCGACGAGGUGCUGAGCCAGCUCAACCCGCUCCUGAUCAUCAACAAUCGCAGCAAUGUGCCCCGGCCCCAGCCCCAGCCCACACCUGGAGCCCACCCAGGUGGCAAACCCCAUCCAGCCGUCCACAACAUCACUGAGGCAGCCCACGUGGCCUCGAACCUCCUGUGAGCCAGGUGGAAAUCCCUUGUCGGUUCCCAGACGGAGGGGUAAUGUUUGUUUUUGAGACCGGAAUACUUAGCUAUUAAAAAUGUCCAUGGGAA